GCUCUUCACUCAUAUGCAUCUAUCUGUGUUAGAUUCAUAUAAGUUUUUAGGCCCGACUGUUUCGAAAUCAUGAGUCCUGCGGCAUUUAGUAACAAUCAUGCAAAAAAAGAGACUUAUGCAAACAUGUGCCCAUUAUCUCCCCUUAAAAUCAACAAAGAUUCCCAUUUCAUCAAAAAAUCACCUUCUACAUCAUCAACCUCAUCAUCAACAAUAGCAAACUGCACUCCUGCAGCUCCAAAGCCGCAGCAACGACAUCCGGUAAUCAUUUACACACAUUCACCAAAGGUCAUCCACACACAUCCGCGUGAUUUCAUGGCAUUGGUUCAGAAGCUGACAGGUCUUUCACAGUCCAAGGAGGAUCAAGCAGCUGCAAAAAACCCGAAAAGUGAGCCAGGCAACGAAAACAAGGGGGAUCACCCUAAUAAAGGUAUGAUGAUUAAUGAUGACAAUGAAUCAACAUCAGUGAUUACAGAUGAGAAUGGGAGCAAUUCAAUGGGAGAUGGACAGGUUAAUUCAUGUUUUGUGCCUCCAAUUUUUGAUCCUCCGAAUCCUGGUUUUAACAAUAUCCCGAUUUUUACGCCAACGUCUUAUGAUUUGUUGUGCUCAUCUCAGCCUUAUUAUAACUUUCAUCAUGAUCCCAUGUUUCUUAUGCCAACAAUGAGGAACUCUAUCUCAUCUUCAACAUUGGACGGAUUUAAGGACUUUCCAGAUUUUCAAUAA